GUUGGAAUUCAUACCAAGGCAUGGUUUAUUGCUGGGAUAUUUCUACUGAUGACUAUACCAAUCUCUCUGUGGGGAAUACUACAACACUUAGUCCAUUAUACUCAACCUGAAUUACAGAAACCAAUAAUAAGGAUUCUAUGGAUGGUGCCGAUUUACAGUUUAGACAGUUGGAUAGCUUUGAAAUACCCCAACAUUGCAAUAUAUGUGGAUACAUGUCGAGAGUGCUAUGAAGCUUAUGUCAUCUAUAACUUUAUGGUUUUUCUUUCAAACUAUCUAACCAACCGGUAUCCAAACCUCGUAUUAAUAAUAGAAGCGAAAGAUCAGCAGAGACAUCUGCCGCCUCUAUGUUGUUGUCCGUCGUGGGCUAUGGGAGAAGUUUUAUUAUUUAGAUGUAAACUGGGUGUUUUGCAGUACACUGUUGUCAGACCGUUUACUACCAUUAUUGCUUUAAUUUGUGAACUGGUGGGAGUGUAUGAUGAAGGAAACUUCAGCUUCAACAAUGCUUGGACUUACUUGGUUAUACUUAACAACAUGUCACAGCUAUUUGCUAUGUAUUGUCUGGUGCUGUUUUAUAAAGUACUACGUGAAGAGCUGAACCCUAUCCAACCUGUUGGCAAGUUCCUUUGUGUGAAGAUGGUAGUUUUUGUUUCCUUCUGGCAAGCUGUGCUUAUUGCAUUGUUGGUGAAAGUUGGUGUUAUUUCCGAGAAACACACCUGGGAGUGGCAAAGUGUGGAAGCUGUGGCUACAGGCCUACAGGAUUUUAUCAUUUGUGUCGAGAUGUUCCUGGCUGCUAUUGCGCAUCACUACAGUUUUUCCUAUAAACCUUAUGUUCAAGAAGCUGAAGAAGGAUCAUGCUUCGACUCUUUUCUUGCUAUGUGGGAUAUUUCUGAUUUAAGGGCAGAUAUAUCAGAACAGGUUCGAAAUGUUGGAAGGACAGUUUUGGGCCAGCCACGGAAAAUGUUUUUUGCUGAGGAUCACGAACAAAACGAGCAUACAAGUCUACUGUCUUCAUCAACUCAAGACCCAAUUUCUGAUGCUUCUUCAAUGCCAUCUUCGCCCAUGGGUCAUUACCAGGGGUUUGGACACACCGUGACACCUCUCACAACACCAACGACGGCCCCGGCAGUUGAUGGUAUUUAUAACACUUCUGCUAUUCCAGACACUGAGGAGUCACCCGAACUACAGCACAAUUUAUCAGAGAAAGCUUUGGAUAAAAGUUAGACUCACCUUUUUUUUGAAUGUUGUUGAGGAGUCUCUUAUGUACUUGCCAAACGUGUUCUGUUAACGUGUACGACUAGUGAUGGAAGUUGAAACCCUACUGCGCAGACAGGAAGAGGAUAUGGCUGUAACGGACAUCUGAAUUCUGAACCUCU